CUUGUCCAUUAAAAAUCCUUCCUGGAGAGUCUCAAGUUCCUGGUAUCAAGACUCAAGAGCUCGGAUGGCAGCGUCUAGAUGACCUGACUGUCCCUUACAUGUCAAGGUUGCGCAAUAUCAUUGCGAAAGUCACUAAACUCGACCACCUUAGUCAACUCCAUGCACACCUCAUUCAUUACUCCCUCCCUUGCCAAAGCUACUGGGCGGCGCUGCUUAUUAACCACUGCACCCGCCUCCGCGCUCCGCCGCCCUACACUCGACACAUUUUCGACUCGGCGUGUGAACCGAACGUCUUUGUUUUCACCAGCAUGUUAAAGUAUUGCUCCCAGCUUGGCUCCCAGGGUGAUGUUUUCCAUCUGUUUGAAGAAAUGCGGGAGUGUAAAGUGAGCCCUGAUGCGUUUGUGUACCCAAUACUGAUCAAAGCGGCUGGGGAGCGUGGGUCUGUUUUCCAUGCGAACGUUAUUAAACUGGGUCUUGACUGUGAUAGGUUUAUACGUAAUGCUAUCAUGGACGUGUAUGGGAAAUUUGGGCCUAUCGAGCUUGCAAGGGAGUUGUUUGAUGAAAUGCCCGACAGAGCUAUUGCAGAUUGGAACUCUAUUAUUUCUGCGUACUGGAAAUGGAUGAAUGAUGUUGAAGCACGUAAAUUGUUUGACAUGGUGCCGGAUAAGAAUGUGAUUACUUGGACAGCAAUGGUGACUGGGUAUUCAAGAAAGAAGGAUUUGGUGAGUGCAAGGAGUUUUUUUAAUCAAAUGCCAGAGAGAAACGUGAUUUCGUGGAAUGCAAUGCUUUCUGGCUAUGCCCAAAAUGGGUGUACUGAGGAAGCUACAAGGUUAUUCACUGAGAUGAUUAAUGCCGGAAUAAGUCCAGAUGAGACAACAUUGGUAACUGUGAUUUCUUCUUGCUCUUCACAAGGUAUUCCUUCCCUUGCCGAUGGGCUUGUCAGGAUGAUUGAAGAAAAGGGCAUUCAUUUGAAUUGUUUUGUUAAAACAGCACUUCUUGACAUGCAUGCCAAGUGUGGAAAUCUAGAGAUGGCAAGAAAGAUUUUUGAUGAGAUGGGUUCGUAUAGGAACUCCGUUACAUGGAAUGCAAUGAUUUCUGCGUAUGCAAGAGAUGGCAAUUUGGAUUCAGCGAAAGAGCUCUUCGAUAGGAUGCCAGUGAGGGACAUUGUAUCCUGGAAUUCUAUAAUAGCUGCUUUUGCACAGAAUGGACAGUCUAAAAUAGCAAUUGAUCUAUUCAAAGAGAUGAUUGAGAAGGAACUUGUGCCAGAUGAAGUAACAAUGCUUAGUGUAAUCUCGGCUUGUGGACAUCUUGGGGCUCUGGAAUUCGGCAAAGAGGUGGUAAAUUUCCUAAUGAAGGACCAAAUUAAAUUGAACAUUUCAGGUUAUAAUUCCUUGAUUUUCAUGUAUUCCAAGUGUGGUAGCAUGAAUGAUGCAAAAAGGAUAUUCCAAUCCAUGGAAUGUAGAGACGUGGUAUCAUACAAUGCACUUGUUACAGGCUUUGCUGCUUAUGGUAAAGGAGUUGAAGCUGUUGAUUUACUCUGGAGGAUGGAGGCAGAAAACAUAAAACCAGACCGGAUAACUUAUAUGGGAGUUCUAACAGCUUGCAGUCAUGCAGGAUUGAUAGAUGAAGGCCAAAGAAUUUUUGAAUCUAUCAAAGCUCCUGCAGUUGAUCACUAUGCUUGCAUGGUGGAUUUGUUAGCCAGAAAUGGUAAACUAGAUGACGCAAAGGGAUUGAUUGAAAGAAUGCCACUGCAGCCUCAUGCCGGUAUAUAUGGUGCACUUCUAAAUGCUAGCAGGAUUCAUAAAAGAAUUGAUCAUGCAGAGUUUGCAGCCGGUAAGCUCUUUGAGAUGGAACCAGAAAAUGAUGGUAAUUAUAUCUUGCUUUCUAAUUUAUAUGCUUCAGUAAGGAGAUGGGAAGAUGUUGAAAGAAUUAGAGGAUUGAUGAGGAAAGAGGGAAUCUCAAAGACAACUGGGUGGAGUUGGGUAGAACAUGGAGGCAAAAUGCACAAGUUCAUAGUUGGUGAUCAGUUCCAUGAAAAAUCAGAUCAUAUUUAUAGAGUUCUUCGGGAAAUGGAAAAGAAGAUGAGGGUAGCUGGAUAUAUAGCUGACAAGAGCUGUGUUUUGAGAGACAUCGAGGAAGAAGAAAAGGAGGAGAUGGUCGGUAGUCACAGUGAGAAGUUGGCUGUUGCAUUUGCAGUUUUAGUGAGUGAGCCAGGGUCAGUGAUACGAGUGGUAAAGAACCUUAGGAUCUGUAGGGAUUGUCACACUUCUAUGAAGAUCAUCUCAAAGUUAGAAAAAAGGGAGAUUAUUGUGAGGGACAACAACAGGUUUCACUGCUUCAACAAUGGGUUAUGUUCAUGCAAGGACUACUGGUAGCAAAUGGUAAUACUUGCUUUACUUUUGAUCUUAUUUAACUCUACUACAGAGGAUCAUGAUGGAACACAUCUUCUAACCACUAAAUGCUAACUAUACACAAACAAUUUCUUUUGCCCGAAUGGGUUUUUGUAAUACAUAAAUGGGGAUGUAAAUAUGUAAUGGUACCACAUAUUUUAAUACCCAGUUUUAG